AGCCAGAAGGACACAUAAAAGAAGAACAUUGCAGCAGAGGCACAGAAGGAGCCUGCGAGGAGCUGGGAAAUACACACACAACAGCAGAUCCACAACACCCUCCCCUGGACACACCCUACUGGGGAUCACUGCUUCUCUUUUUUUCUGAACCAUCGCCCACGCCACACGGAGAGAAAUCUCUCUCUCAUCAUCAUCCUGAAGAAAACCCCCUUCUCCUCAUUUUCACACUACUGAGGAAACCUACAAUCGCACGGGCUGAGAUUUCCUGGGCGAAGACUGUCGUUUUUCCUUUUUCUUUUUUUUUUCUUUUCGUUUGGAAAACUGACAUCUGCAUUUCUCGAGCCACACCACGGCGUAAUAUCUCUGCGAGUCGGCCUGAAGACCUGCAAAUCGAAGGACCUAGAUCACUAUCAUCUUUGUACAUCAAGAAUGGUUACUAUAAUUAGCACCAUGGAAACUCAGGUGUCCAAUGGUCCGAGCGGAAACAGCCUGCCAAACGGCCCCGUCAUUAGCACUAACGGUGCUGCGGACGACAGCAAAACCAACCUGAUUGUCAACUACCUGCCUCAGAACAUGACCCAGGAGGAGUUCAAGAGCCUGUUCGGCAGUAUCGGAGAAAUCGAGUCCUGCAAACUAGUCCGAGACAAGAUCACAGGCCAGAGUUUGGGUUACGGCUUCGUAAACUACGUGGAUCCCAAUGAUGCCGACAAGGCCAUCAACACGCUCAAUGGUCUCAAACUGCAGACCAAAACAAUCAAAGUGUCCUACGCCAGACCCAGCUCAGCUUCCAUACGCGAUGCCAACCUGUAUGUGAGCGGGCUGCCCAAAACCAUGAGUCAGAAAGACAUGGAGCAGUUGUUUUCCCAGUAUGGAAGGAUCAUCACCUCACGCAUCCUGGUAGACCAGGUCACAGCAGGUAUAUCGCGCGGAGUAGGUUUCAUUCGGUUCGAUAAACGAAAUGAGGCAGAGGAGGCCAUCAAAGGCCUGAACGGUCAAAAGCCGCUGGGUGCCGCCGAGCCCAUCACCGUGAAGUUCGCCAACAACCCCAGUCAGAAGACGGGACAGGCCCUGCUCACCCAGCUUUACCAGACAGCUGCUCGCCGCUACACCGGCCCUCUGCACCACCAGACUCAACGCUUCAGACUCGACAAUUUACUAAACGCCAGCUACGGAGUCAAGAGCUCUCCUUCUUUCCUCCCCAGAUUCUCCCCGAUAACCAUUGACAGCAUGACCAGUCUAGCCGGCGUCAACCUGACCGGGCCCACUGGAGCUGGCUGGUGCAUCUUCGUCUACAACCUGUCCCCAGAAGCUGACGAAAGCGUCCUGUGGCAGCUCUUCGGGCCGUUCGGCGCCGUCACAAACGUCAAGGUCAUCCGUGACUUCACCACCAACAAAUGUAAGGGCUUUGGCUUUGUCACCAUGACCAACUACGACGAGGCAGCCAUGGCUAUCGCCAGCCUGAACGGCUACCGCUUGGGCGACCGUGUCCUGCAGGUCUCCUUCAAGACCAGCAAGCAGCACAAGGCUUGAAGGAAGGCCUAGUCACUACUGCUCUUUAACAUGUAGGGGGAGCUACUGAGCUCCCUGUACAUUCACUCUACAUGGGCCUGGACUGAGUCUCUCUCUAACACACAUAUACACACACACACACACACACACACAAGCGUUUAGUUGUUUCGAACAAAAAUACACAAGUAGAGUUGUUUUUCUUUUCUCUUAACACAACAUGCUAGUCCUUCCCAAUGUUUGCCUGUAUUGAAUUAGCAGAAGUGUGAAGCGAGGCUGGGGAAAUCCAUGAGGAGGGACAGUCUAAUGAAUGUGACAGAGAAUGUCUGCAGAGAUUUAAUUUAAUUCAGGCAAAGUAAGAACUGGUCAAAGAAAAAGAAAAAGCAAAUCAAAUAUGUGCAAUUUACCCAAAAUAUUGCCCCGGUAACUCUCCUGUCUGGCUUCAGAGGAUGUAGUCACUUUUUUUACACUUGGGCAUUUUGAAUCAGUGAUUUUUUUUAAAGAGAAAAAUGAUUAAAAACAGUGUUCUCAUAUAUAUUAUGAUAUAACUAUAUAUUCAACAUUUAAGGUGGUUAUAAUAGCCAAAAAUGUAAGCAUUUUCUAGAACUUUGAAUACGGUUUCCUGGCUCUACAUUAGGUUGCAACCUUGCCUUAUGGCACCAAACACACACCUUACUCGAGGUUCAAAACCCAACAGCAACUGAACAAACUGUGUGGAUGGUAGUCACAAAUCGAGAGGUCACCCGGGGGUCAUCACAAUCACCUCAGCACGCCGAAAGACAACUUUCAUCACAGAGACACUCGCACACCAACACACACACACACACACACGCACAUACGGACCUCCACCGGAGGGAAUAGCGAAACUUUACAAAAGAUGGCGACCUAGAAUCUCCUUGUAUCUUUCCACUCUGAGUUUUAUAGUUAGAAUUUAGAAUCUAUUCCACCACAUGCAGUUGUCUGUGUAACUAGGGGCAUUUCGACAGUGUUCCCAUGGCGAUGGUAUAUGAAGUCCAGCCGCAAAAUCCAGAACUGUAUUAGAUGAUUUUAAACAGCUUUGAAUGGCUUGAGAGUAUAGGAAAGGCCCCUGCGUCAGCUCUUUGAGACGUACAUGUGAGCCGUUAUGGAGGUCAGGGGCCACUGGGAUUGGUCGCCCUUGCUCUUCAUAACCUCUCAGAUACAUUUAGCUCUAUUCACUAAAAGGAAUCCCAUUAUUAUUCGCUUUUCCCAAACUGUUUUUUAGCAGCCCCUGCAUAUCUAAAACAGCUACAUAUCAAACAUAAAAUCUAAUUUUGUGUCCUCAAGGCCCUUUUAAGCAAGUCGCAGCCACAUGAGCUAAAAAAAAAAAAAGAGAGAAUCUGUUCUCAAAAUACUCAUAAUUUGAGUAUUUUGAGAAAUGAAAAAUUCCCUAGAUACAAUAACGACAAUGCCCAAGCUGUCCACAGCCCUGUGAUAAAACAAACUAAACCGUUCCAUGGGGAGAGACAUUGCUGUAAAAAAUUGCAAAACUUCACAUCAUAUGAAGAAAAGAACUGAAAGAUGUAAAUGUGUGUUCAAAUCAAGUGACAUUUUGCUUUUCUAAAUAACGCUGUGUUAGCCAAAGAGGACAAUGAUCUCUUUGAAAGGAUUACAUUAGAGAUUAAUAUAUUUUUAUAUCUACGGAAAAAAAAACAAGACCUUGUGCGACAUUUUUACAGAUUCUUAAAUCGUGGAAAUCUUUGGACACACCGCAUGGCUUUUAUUUUCAGAGUUUUCAACUUUGGGGAGAGAGGGCCAGUCUGCGGUGUAAAGGGAGGGGAUCGGAGGGUUGGGGACUAAGACUUACAUGCAGUGAAACCAUUUCAUUUUCAAAAAUACAAAAAAUACAAAAAAAAGAAAUACGAAACAUUCAAAAACAAACAAAAAAGAUUCAGCAGACAGGCAAAUGUAUGCAUUACGCAAGAAAAAAAGACGCUAUGGUUU